AUCCGCUAAGUAAAUGUUUUCAGAUAACAUAACCUCUAUCUUAUGUCAAACACCGUAUAAACAAACUCUAGUAAUUUACACCCAGUAAUCUUCUAAUUCGAUAAUUUAUAAAGAUUUUACAUUAUGAUAUGGUUAUUUACUGUUAAAAAUAAUGGGAGUGACAAUAUUACAACAGUUUUCUAUCUUAGAAAAUAAAACAGGACCUCAAACAAUAGAAUUAUUAACCAAAAGAGUGGUUGCUUUGGGUGCUGUUCCAACGGGGCAAUUUUUAGUCGAUUGUGAAACUUACAUGUCAGUUCCUCAAUUAGGUGCUCAAAAAACAGUUCAUGUUCUUCACAAUAGCGAACAGCCGGCGUCUGUAUUCUCAAUUUUGGAAUCAGGAAACAAAACAAUUCCUUUGGUCGCAGAUGGAUUAUUUGAUUUGCUCAUGAUGAAAAUGACUUCAAUCUACACUUCAAAGAAACAGACUAAGAUAGAAUCUAAAGGUCCUAGAUUUGAAUUGGGAGAUUUUUGUAUCAAACUUGGCAAUGUAACAAUGAGUCAGAACUUCAAAGGAAUUUUAAUUGAAGUUGAAUAUAGACCUUGCGUAAUACCUGCAAGUGCUUGGGAUUUAAUGCGAGAAUUUUUGCAAGGUUUUCUAGGCUCAUCUGUACCAAGUACACCACCUCCAUAUUUUCAAUCAAGAAUGAAUGACAUCUAUCAACCUAUUGAUACAAUACAGCAAUAUUUAGAACAGUUCGGAGCCUAUCGCAAAGCUACUGGAAUAAGAAAUUAG